CCUCAGCCCCAGGGUCUGACCCUCAGCCCCAAGUAUCCGAGCAAGCAGGAGGGUGCUGGCAGGUAAGGAUGUCCCAACGGCAGCCUGUGGAGAGCCUAGUGUUCUUUCUGGUUGGGAGGAAGCAUCAUGCACCUGGAGGUCCUGCGACACAAGGAUCAGGGACAAAUGAGUCAGAUCAUGGUUAAACCAGGGGCACAGCAGCCCAGCUCUGUGCCGAACUGCUGCUGGGGACCGGAGGUGAGGGCCCCAGUCUGCAUGCAUUUCACCGAGCGGCUCCGCACACAAAUCCCACUGCCUGAGCCCGCACUCACCAUCACUCCCCACGCCGAUCAGUCACCGAGGGUUUUUGCACGUUUCAUUCGUUUCUACCGGGCAGGAGCAUGGGGCUCCAGGUGCGACACCGCCAAGAGCCGACUGCUCCGCGCCGCGGACCGGCAGCAGCCUCCCCUGCGACAGCGGCGGCCCCACACCGCCCGCACCCGCUGGCCGCCAGCCCAAGCGGCCCCAAAGCUGCCGAGCCGUGCCCAGACGCCCGCACCGGGACCCCGCAGACGCCCUCGCUCCGCCCGGUGCCCGCCGCUCUCCCGGCGCUGUGCGCUCCCGACGGCGGCGGGAUGGCGGCGUCCCGACGGCGCUGGGGAUGGGGACCACGGGGGGGGUGGCGGGAGGAGAGGGGGGGUUGCCGGGGCUGGGCGCUGCCCCUGACCGCGGCGGCGGCGGCGGCACGCCCGGCCCUGCCCGCGCCUCCCGGGCUGCGGGGCGUUGCAGGGGGAGUGCCGGCCGCCCGGGCGCGGAGCCGCUGGACACCGCCGCAUAAAAGCCGCGGCGGAGCGGCGCUGCGCCUCCUCGGCUCGGCCCGGCUGGGGGCCGCCCCGACGGCCGCAUGACCGCCGAGAGCCGGCUGCCGCCGGGCCCCCCGCCGCCGCCCCCGCCGCUGAAGACGGACGCGGCGCCGCCGGGGGAAGAGGCGGCGGCGGCGGCGGGGACGCGGGGCGGGCGGCGGCGGCGCAAGCGUCCGGCGGAGCGGGGCAAGCCGCCCUACAGCUACAUCGCCCUCAUCGCCAUGGCCAUCGGGCAAGCGCCCGAGCGGCGGCUGACGCUGGGCGGCAUCUACCGCUUCAUCACCGAGCGUUUCCCCUUCUACCGCGACAGCCCCCGCAAGUGGCAGAACAGCAUCCGCCACAACCUCACCCUCAACGACUGCUUCGUCAAGGUGCCGCGGGAGCCCGGCCGUCCCGGCAAGGGCAACUACUGGAUGCUGGACCCCCACGCCCGCGACAUGUUCGAGAGCGGCUCCUUCCUCCGCCGCAGGAAGCGCUUCAAGCGCAGCGACCUCUCCACCUACCCGGCCUUCCUCGCCGAGCGCCCCGCCGCGCCCUGCCGCCUCUUCCCGCUGCCCGCCCCGCCACCCGCCGCCGACCUGCCCCCGGCCCCCGCCGCCGCCGCCGCCUCCUGCGCCUUCGCCACGGCCGCCGCCUUCCCCGCGCAGGGCUGCGCGGCCACCGCUCUGCCCCACGCCUACGCCCCGCUGCCCACCGCCCCCGGGCCCUACGCGCCGGGUGGCCCCGGGCAGCUGUACGCGCCGUCGGGGCGCCUCGUGCUGCCCGCCUCGCCGCCCGCCCCCGCCGGGCUCUACGGCCGCCGCUCCCCCGCGCACUACCCGCCGCUGCCGCACGCCUACGGCGCCGGAGGGCAGCUGGGCGCCGCCGAGCCCGGCCCGCGGCACGGCGCCUACCCCGGUGGCCCCGACAGGUUCGUCCCGGCGCUCUGACCCGGCCCGGAAGAAGGCCGGGCGGCCCGACGGCGCGGACUGGAGCCCGGGAGAGGCCGGGCUGUGGGGCUCGCCCGACGCAGCUGGACCCAGGGCCGCCCAGGAAGAUGCUGGAGGACCUUGGGCUGCACCUCCGCAUCCUGCCACCUGCCCGGGCUGCCCGUCGAGGAGCGCCGCAGCCGGCUGAGGGGGGCCUGCCCAGCCCCUUUGGCUCUCACUGGAGAAGCCCUAGGGGCUCCCAAGUGCCUGAAUGGGGCAAACAGCCCUUCCCUCUCUUACACCUUUCCUGAGGCAGGUGCUCAAAGCUUCCUGCCAGGCUCCCACCCUCCUGGCACAACCAACUGAGCCCCCAGGUCUACCCGGGAGGAUCUCACUUUUAAGUCUCUCCACUGUUGACAAUUUUAUGUAUAGAACGAAACAUCUGCUGGGGCAGGGGAGGAGGGAGGCAGGAGGAAGCGUUCCCCAGCCUCGUGCAGCCAAAGCUGUAAAAGUGGGAUGCAUGGCACUAACGUGGUGGCGUGUCCCUCAUGAUGUGCAGGGCUGUCACAUCAGUUACUGCACCAACAACGCAGCCCAGGCUGGAGGAGGUUUAGAUGCUGAGGUUGCAGCCAAACACAGCAAGUCAGAUCCCUCCAGGGCUCAUGCUCUGUGCUGCAGGCAUUAAGAGAAUGGUGGGAUCGGAAGUACAAAAACUUUUACUGUGACCACGCUCAGCUGCUGGAAAAGAGACCCAGCGAGGCAGCAGUAUCUCUGCCCUUGGAGGUCUUCCCGGCUUGAUUGAACAGAGCCUGAGUGACCUGAUCUGUCUUUGGAGUUGGAUCCAAUGUUGAAUUUUGACCUGCUUUGAGUGGACACCUGGUCCAGAGGUCUACGGAGGUACUUACAACCUAAAUUACUUUUAUCCUAAGGUCAGCCCAACUCUGUCUGUAGCGUAGAGAAAUCAGCAUUUAUGGGGGCAAACUUUCCAUCCUGAAACAAGUUGGAGAGGCAGGACAUAGUGCCUUUUCAUCUUCGUUUGCUCCCCUUUCAAGCUUCCCUAGGAUGGAAGAAAGGCUAGAGGAAAACAUAGAGGGGGCAACUGAUAGGAAUGGAUGUGAGCGGCAAAGGCUUGAAAAUAGAUCCAUGGGGAAACUCAAGGAAAUCCCUCCCAACAGAUCCCAUCAGGGCCUGGAGAGGUGGUGGAUGUUCAGGGCUCUGCCUGGGGCUAUGAGCAGAGUGGGAGCAGAUAUAACCCUGCUGCUGUCCAGAUCUCCUUAUCCAGCUACUUUUUCUUGUGGAGCGGGAGCCAGUGUUACCAAGACUGAGGAGGUUGGUGAGGGAUACUGCCAUGUGAUGGAGCCUUGCUUGGGGAGAGGUAGGUGCAAAGUGCAGCCAGAGCCUCAGCAGGAGCUUUUGGAAGAGCAGAGAGGGUGCACCAGGGUCUCUCUCACCACAGAAAGAUUCAGAUCAUAGUAUAACUGGGGUUGGAAGAGAUCUUGGGAAGUUUCUGUUCCAAUUUUGUGCUAGAAGCAGGGUCAGCUCUGAGUCAGACCAGGCUGCUCAGGCCUACCUAGUUGAGCCCUGUCAGACUCCAAGGAUGGAGAUGGCACAGUGGUUUUGGGCAACUUGACUGUCCUCACGGGGGAGUUUAUCCUUCAAUCCAUUCAGCACUUUCCUAGUCUCAUUUCCUGUCUACUGCCCUGUGUCCUGCUGCUAUGCACUGCUGCAAAGAGCUCUGAUCCCAUGAAGACACCUGUACCUUCUGGUCCAUGGAGGAUUUUUUAGAUGAGGUCCUCAGCAGGAUGAAAAUUGUGUAGAGGCAGGUCCUUGCCUUCUGUGGGUGGGUACUAAGGUCCAGGUAUUCAAAGUGGGACAUGCAAGGAAGAAAACAGAAUGGAGCAGGAAGGUGUCUGGAUGUCCCCACAGCGCAGUUUGGGUGGAGGAGGCUAAAGCCCUCUGCAGUAGCUGGACAGAAGUUGUAUACCUGCGUUCCAUGGGGCUCUGAGGUAGGAGAUGAGUUUUAGAUUCACAGCACCCAUCCCUCUCUCAGAAUGGUGAGGACAGCACGUGGUGGGCAAGGUACCUCAUGGGCUGGGAGGCUGGGGCUGGCCUGGCGCUGCUGCCCCUUGUCCAUCCAGAUCUUUUUGUAGUAUGUCAGGAAGCUCUGCUGCCUGCACACAGAGCUGGGGUGGUUUCGUUGCUGUCACUGGGGGCAAGUGUAAGUGUCAUUCGGAUCUUUGGUGUGGUCAGGUGAAUCAGAUUUUUUUCCCUUCCCUGCUUUCCCUCCAGAAAAGCAGCGUUGUCUCUUUCUGUGUCCUUCCUGCUCCUGGUGUGUCCAGAAACUGCUUCCAUCCUGGCAGGCGCAGAGCCCUGCCUCUGCAUCUUGACUGCCUCAGCCUGGGGCAGGUCUCGCCAGAUCCUCUCCCAACUUCUCCCUUCACCAGCUGGAAAAGAAGCCGUACACUUGGUUGCACUCUUAGUUUUUUGAUAGCUGCCUGCUAGCUCUCUGCUUUUAUUGGCUGCAAGGACUGGACUGCAUCCCUUUGCUAGCAAGUCAUGCAGACCUCUUUCUGGUUUAGGGGUAGCUGGGAGAGGAAUUGUCCUGCCUCCUAAUGCCUUCCUUCUUCCUGUAAGAGCAGUUAUCAGUGUGGAUCAGAUCAUUUUCCUGAGCCUAGAGGUCUUCUGGCCCUUGUUCCCCAUUACUUCAACCUGAUUUUUUUCUCUCCUCCAACCCUGGUGCUAGUCUAAGGUUCAGUCUAAAAACAAGGUCAUCAGUGAUGAUACAGGUCUUGUGUAAGCUAUUCCUGACCUCAGAUAGCUUUGGUAGCAAGUUCAGGGAGCAAAACGCAGUGUCUGGAGGAUAUCCAUGAUAGAUCUUGAUGACUCAGAAGGCACAAAUUGGGUAGGUUCAGUUGCAUAUUGUUUGCAGAUAAAGUCUAGAUGCUUGUUCUUACUUUUCUCCAGAUCUUUUAUACCUACAAGCUAGGUAAACCAGACAUACCUAGAAAGUAUACUUUCUGCAGCAGGUGCAGUGAUGAGCCUUUUGCAUCAAGGCACAUGGCCACAAACUGCUUCACCUUCAGCCACAAGCAGCUAGAAAACCUGGGCAGGAGCUUCGUGCUCAGUGAAGAGCUACACAGACCCUUCAAGGGACAAUACGUCUGUGUGGGGUCUCUGCCCUUUGGGGUUUUUGAGAUGAAAAUAGACAAGGCUAUACCUGCCCAGUGCUAAUGUUUGCAAUACUCCAACCUCCUGCUUGCAGCAGGCCUGGAGACUCAGAGAUCCCUUCCCACCAGCACUGUCAUGGUUUUGUGGCUAUUGCAACCUCUCUGAGUUGUGCAGGCUCAGAUGCAAAGGGUGUGCUGAACACUGCAGGUCUGUCCCUUGUGGCAGCAGGAUGUGCUGGCCCUGUGUCUCACGCGUGACCACUGGCAGAGGAGGACAAGGUUGUUGCAUCCUUGGGGAGCCAUGGGGUUGGGCCGGUCAUGAGGAUAUGGGGAUAUGCCAUGGGGAUAUAUUAGAUGGUUGGAUCUCAAAUAUAUGCAUGUGCCAUGGGGAUAUGUUAAACAUUUGGAUCUCAAUGUAUUUUUGCUGGGCACUUUGCUUGUAGUUCUCAGGCACCAUCCAGAAUAAGGAAAAAUUUUGAUUUCUGGAAGCUUUAUUGUAAAUAUCUGAGGGGCCUCCUUUUAGCAAAGCUAGUCUUAAUUUUCAAACUAGUCUCUUUUUUUCUGGGAGAAGAGUCUAAUAGGUUUAGGUUAUAGUGCUGUAGGAAACACUUAAGUGUAAGCACAGAGGAGGAGAGAGAAAGGCCUUGAAAGUGCUCAUUCCUCAGAGGACAGAGCCUCUUGAUUCCUGCUCUGCCCAAGUUCUGGUACAGUCAGGUGCUGCACUGACUCUGGGAAAGAGGUGGAUUGUUACAGCCCAGGAGAACAUUUUAUUAUGUAUUGGAGAUUUUUUGUAUUUACUCUUCUACUUCACUUGUAAUGGAAAUAAAUCUUUGUCCUGU